UUGUCAUUGAGUGUCCUUUUAUCCGUAGGGCUGAAGGUGAUGAUGAUGAUGACUUGGGAGGAAGAAAAACACCAUCAGUUUAGUUGAAGGAGCUCUCUAACAGCAUUUAUCCGAGGAUAUAUAUACAUGUACAGUGGUUUAUGUGGGUAUACACACACACACACCUAUACAUACCUGUGCGUGUUUCCUGGUUCAUCUUCAUCUAGAGAGGAGGAUGAUGGUGAUUUUGGAGGAAGAAAACACCACCAGUUUAGUUGAGGGAACAUUCUAACAGCGUUUAUCUGAGCUUAUAUACUUGUGUAGUGGUUUAUGCAGGUAUACCCACACACGUAUACAUACCUGUGCGUGGUUCCUGUUUCAUCUUCACCUGGAGAGGAGGAUGAUGGUGAUUUUUGAGGAAGAAAAUACCACCAGUUUACUUAAAGGAGUCUUCUAACAGCAUCUACCCGAACAUAUCUAUAUUUAAAGUACAUGUAUGGUGGUCUUAGUGUAUAUGCAGGUAUACCCGCACACACCUGCGCGCAUUUCCUGGUUCGUCUUCACCUGGAGAGGGUGUUGAUCACUUUAAGCCAGGAAGCAGGAACCAUAGGAUCUCCUCUCUUACACUCCACUUCAGAAAAUGCUCCAGGACUCGUUAAAUAGUUUAAAAACAAACUUCACAACAGCACUAGCAGCCCUGCACAGAUAAUAGGAGCCUUUGCAUAUCGACUUCUCACAUCUUCUGAAACUUAUCAUGGAGCUCAAGGUGUUUAUCGUGGCUUUGGGGCUCCUCUUGGGCAGUUUGGUGGCCGCCAGCUCCCCGGCCGCGGGCAACGGUAAAGAGAGUUCCCAAAGCGGGGUCGGAGAUCACGAAAGCGCUGGUCACGGUAAUCAGUCCCGGAGAGCCUUCCCGGUUUUGUCCUUUGAUUAUGAACACGUUCGGCUGCCGUUUGAGAUUUCACUAUGGGUGCUGCUGGCCUCUUUGAUGAAGCUGGGGUUCCACUUGAUCCCCCGCAUUUCCUCCAUUGUACCCGAGAGCUGUCUGCUCAUUGUAGUUGGUCUCCUGAUCGGGGGUCUCAUGAAAAUCGUAGGUGAAGUUCCUCCUAUCCUCCAAUCCAACAUCUUCUUCCUCUACCUGCUUCCUCCAAUCAUCCUGGACGCCGGCUAUUUUCUUCCCAUCCGGCCCUUCACUGAGAACCUGGGCACCAUCCUGAUGUUUGCGGUGGUGGGAACGCUCUGGAACUCCUUCUUCAUUGGUGGUUUACUGUACGGUGUAUGCCAGCUGGAGGGCGUUCACCUGGUGCAUGUGGAUCUGCUGUCUUGUCUGCUGUUCGGCUCCAUUAUUUCAGCUGUGGAUCCAGUGGCUGUUCUGGCCGUUUUUGAGGAGAUCCACAUCAACGAGCUGCUCCACAUUCUGGUGUUCGGAGAGUCGCUACUGAACGACGCCGUCACUGUGGUUCUGUAUCAUCUGUUUGAGGAGUACUCCAGUGUGGGCACCAUCACUAUAACUGAUGUGUUCCUGGGAAUCGUGUGCUUUCUUGUGGUGUCGUUGGGUGGAAUCGUGGUCGGCGCCAUCUAUGGCAUCCUGGCGGCGUUUACAUCACGCUUCACCUCACACACGCGCGUCAUCGAGCCGCUGUUCGUCUUCGUCUACAGCUACAUGGCUUAUCUGUCCGCUGAGGUGUUUCAUCUGUCUGGCAUCAUGGCGUUAAUCGCAUGCGGUGCUGUCAUGAGACCCUAUGUGGAAGCCAACAUUUCCCAUAAAUCCCACACAACCACCAAGUAUUUCCUGAAGAUGUGGAGCAGCGUGAGCGACACACUGAUCUUCAUCUUCUUGGGAGUGUCAACGGUGGCCGGACCACAUCAGUGGAACUGGACCUUCGUCAUCGUCACCUUAAUCCUCUGCCUGGUGGCGCGAGUUCUGGGUGUUGUGGGCCUGACCUUCGUGAUCAACAAGUUUCGUAUUGUGAAACUCACCACUAAAGACCAGUUUAUUGUGGCCUACGGCGGCCUGAGAGGAGCAAUCGCCUUCUCCUUAGCUUAUCUGCUCGACGUUACUCAUUUCCCCAUGAGAAACAUGUUCCUCACGGCCAUCAUCACCGUCAUCUUCUUCACUGUGUUUGUGCAGGGAAUGACCAUUCGACCGCUGGUGGACCUGCUGGCGGUCAAGAAGAAACAAGAAACCAAGAGAUCCAUUAAUGAGGAGAUUCACACACAGUUUUUGGACCAUCUGCUCACUGGCAUCGAGGACAUUUGUGGACAUUACGGACAUCAUCAUUGGAAGGACAAAUUGAACCGCUUCAAUAAGAAGUACGUGAAGAAGUGCCUGAUAGCGGGAGAACGCUCCAAAGAGCCGCAACUCAUCGCUUUCUACCACAAGAUGGAGAUGAAGCAGGCCAUCGAGCUGGUGGAGAGUGGAGGUGGGGCCAAACUGCCCUCCGCCCUGCCCUCCACUGUCUCCAUGCAGAACAUUCAGCCUAAGAAGCCUCCUCCAGAUCGCGCUCUGCCACAGCUCUCCAAGGCUCGAGAGGAGGAGAUCCGGAAGAUUCUGCGCACAAACCUUCAAAAAACACGAAUGAGACUGCGCUCCUACAACAGACACACACUGGUGGCCGAUCCGUAUGAGGACGGUUGGAACGACAUCAUCAAGCGCAAGAAAAUGAUAGAGCUAGAGAAGAAGAUAUCGCAGAUGAAUAAUUACCUCACUGUUCCCGCUCCACCUCCUGAUUCGCCGACCAUCGCUCGAGCUCGACUGGCUUCAGAUCCUCAAGCUUGGGGCAUGAAAACCGCCACUGAAAGCAUCCCGACUAUAAAAGUGGACCUGGCUUCACCACAGAGCCCAGAAUCAGUCAAUGUGGUGGACGAGUUAAGCAAGAAGGAGAAGAAGCAGAGCAAAGAAAAAGAUGAGGAAGGCGGCCUGACCAUGAAAUUGCCGGAGAGAAAAGAGAAAGAAGGAGAUGAGGAGCCACCGAAAUGCCUCAUGCGCUGUCUGAGUGACCCGGGACCCGCUCCUGAGGAUGAGGACGAGGACCAGCCCUUCCUCCCCUGAGAGAGAACACGCUGUCUGUCUGUCUGUCUGUGGGAUGAGGAGGAGAAACUACACUGAAAAUGACAAUGUUGGAAGCCAAAACUGCAGGAAACGGCAGGAAAACCAAAACUGUUAAUGAACCAAAAUAAAGAAAACGAAAGGGAGCGAUCAAAAAUAGCCAUUAUUAUUAUUGCUAUUAUUAUUAAUAUCUUUUUUGCUUGUCAUUUGAUGUUUAUUGAAAGCCUAAAGAGCUGUUCACACCAGGGAGGAUCGAUUUAAUAAUUCUAUUAUUAUAAUAAUAAUUAUAACUCUAUAUAUACAGUUAAAAGUCCAAUUAUUCGCCCUCCUGUUUUUUAUUUUCAUCCCAAAUGAUUAUUUUUUUCACAGAUUUUUUUCUUUUGUUUUAUUUCGGUUAGAAUAAAAAACAUUUUAGCAGUUUUAAAACCAAUUUAAGGUCAAUAUUAGCCAGUAUUUUUGUCAAUUGUCUACAGAACAAACCAGUUAUACAAUAAAUUGCCCUAAUUAACCAAGUUAGGUCUUUAAAUGUCACUUUAAGCUGAAUACUAGCAUCUUGAAAAAUAUCCAGUCAAAUAUUGUGUGCUGUGUUGGACUGUCCCCACUAUUCAAAUAUUGGUCAGAGGCUUCAAAUAAGUUCAAUCAGUAUAAUGAAUCAAAUGGGUAAAGCAUACAGAGCUCUGGCCUGCAAAAACUAAACCCUCUACAAUGUAAGUCUUACACCAGGGCAGUCUACUGCAGCUCCCUAAAUCUCGUCUUCAGCCAUGCCUUUGAAUUUUCCCCUUCAAUGGCAGCUGUCUUCUCACCAGUAGUCAGGCUGAACAGCAUACAUGCACGUACAGUACACACAACAGCAGGUGUUUUUCCCAAAAGCGCUUUAGUAACAUUUUAACUUGCACUCUCUAGUUAAAUGUUAAAUUUUACAUCCUUUAUCUAUCGCGCUAUGUGCUGGUUCAGCAGAAAAUCUUCUCUCUGUUAAGCAGAAAUUAGGGGGGGGAAUAAACAGGGGCUAAUAAUUCAGGAGGGCUAAUAAUUCUGACUUCAACUGUAAUGGUCUAAAGAAUCAUGCAAAAUUUUAAACUAAUAAUGAUGACAAAACUAAUUUUUAGGUAUUAAUCAAUGUAUUAAUUAAUGUAUUUUAGCUCACUAAACUCCCGAUUUGCUGCUUAUUAAUAGGUAUUGUAGUAGUAGACUGGUUUGGGAUAGGGUCAUGCAGACUAUACACUAAUAAACAGUCAUUAUCUUAAUAAUAGGCAGGUAAUAAUCCACUAGUUAAUAUUGAGAAUUGGUACUUAAACUAAAGGAUGUUUUUUUAUUUUUAAAGGUUAAAACAGUGACAGCCUAUCAGAAUCCAUCCUGAUUUAUUAAAAAAAAUAUUGUAUUAGCAUCAUCAACAAUAACACAAUAGCCUUAACAAUAACAGUAAUGUUUGAGCUAAAGAACAGUAUGCAAAUAUAGUUUAUGAGCUUUAAUAUUAACAAUAAGACAGCCAAUCUGGGGUGUGUUUCCCAAACAACGAUGAACUCGCGGCUGAACUAUCAUAGUACGAUGCAUCGCUUGGGAAAAGAACAAUGUAGUGACGAUGUUUCCCCAAACCCGCAGAUGCAUUGUUUGAACCACGUUAGUUAUAAUGUAAAACGCCAAUAAUGAUGCUCUAAACGGGGUGGAGUAACAACUUCUUUAGAGAAGAACCCCAUCAUUUAUUUGUGUAAAUUAUAUUGUUUUACACGCACAGGCAUUUAAAAAAAAAAUCCAAACUUAGUUUUGCUAAAAACAUGCACUCGCUUUCCAUAUUAAUUGAAAUAUAUGUAAAUGGCACAUAUAGGGCCUGUGUUUCCUUUACAAAUAUUAUUGAGAACAUUACAUAUUCUAUUGUAAAACAUAAAAUCACUUAUAAAAGCUAACACCUAUUCUAAUCUCAUAUAUAAAUCAUAUUAAUAAAUAAAUAAAUAAUGAGGCUAUUUAUUAAGAAAUUUAAUUUAAUAUUUAUUAUUUAGGA